AUGGCUGAGCCAGCGUACACCGUGGCAUCCGAUAGUGAAACUACUGGAGAGGAAAAAUCGUCAGCCACUUUUUCUGAAACUGCAAUUGGAAUUGACAUUGGCACUUCACAGUGCAGUGUUGCGGUCUGGAAUGGCUCCCAGGUUGAGCUCCUUAAGAAUACUAGAAACCAGAAGAUGAUGCGUUCAUAUGUCACAUUCAAGGAUGAGAACCCAUCAGGGGGAGUAAGCAGUCAACUCGAGAAUGAGCAGGACGUGUUAUCCGGAGCUGCAAUCUUCAACAUGAAACGCUUAAUUGGCAGAGUUGAUACUGAUCCAGUUGUCCACUCAAGCAAGAGCCUACCGUUUUUAGUACAAACAUUGGGCAUUGGGGUGCGCCCAUUAAUUGCAGCCUUGGUCAACAAUGUGUGGAGGUCCACCACUCCUGAAGAAGUAGUGGCAAUAUUUUUGGUGGAACUCAAGGCAAUGGCAGAAAUCCGGUUGAAACGGCCCAUAAAAAAUGUUGUCCUGACCAUUCCAGCUUCAUUCAGCCGAUUCCAGCUGACUCGUAUUGAAAGAGCUUGUGCCAUGGCUGGUCUUCAUGUACUCAGGCUGAUGCCUGAACCAACUGCUGUUGCGUUGUUAUAUGCUCAACAGAAUGCAUCUCAGAACUCAAAUACUGGAUCGGAGAAGAUUGCUCUAAUCUUCAAUAUGGGUGCUGGAUACUGUGAUGUAGCUGUAACUGCUACGGCUGGAGGAGUUUCUCAAAUAAAAGCCUUAGCAGGAUCUGCCAUUGGAGGGGAAGACUUGCUUCAGAAUAUGAUGCGUCAUCUGUUGCCAGAUUCCGAGAGUCUUUUAACUAGUUGUAGACUUGAUGAUAUAAAGUCUGUGGGCUUACUUCGAGUUGCAACCCAAGAGGCAAUACACAGUCUCUCCUCCCAAACUAAUGUUCAAGUUGAUGUUGACUUGGGAAAUGGAACAAAAAUAUGUAAGGUUGUGGAUCGCGGGGAAUUUGAGGAAGUUAACCGAGAUGUGUUUGAUAAGUGUGCGAGCCUCAUAAUCCAGUGCUUGCACGAUGCAAAGGUUGAUACUGAGGAUGUGAGCGAUGUAAUAGUUGUUGGUGGAUGUUCGUAUAUUCCAAAGAUAAAAAGCCUUGUCAUGAGCACAUGCAAAAAGCAGGAGCUUUACAAAGGAAUGAACCCAUUGGAAGCUGCUGUCUCUGGAGCAGCACUAGAAGGAGCGGUGGCAUCAGGUCUUAGUGAUCCCUUUGGAAGUUUGGACUUGCUAACCAUUCAAGCCACUCCUUUGGCCAUUGGUAUUCGAGCUGAUGGAAACAACUUUGUGCCCAUCAUACCUAGAAGCACCACAAUGCCAGCACAAAAAGAUCUGAUUUUCACAACCGCCCAUGAUAAUCAAGCUGAAGCACUGAUAAUUGUGUAUGAAGGAGAGGGGAAGAAGGUGGAAGAAAAUCAUUUGCUGGGCUAUUUCAAGAUCACGGGAAUUCCGCUGGCCCCCAAAGGAGUUCCAGAAAUAAGAGUAAUACUGGACAUUGAUGCUUCAAGCGUGCUGCGAGUUUUGGCUGGGGUCUUAAUGCCAGGAUCUCAUCAACCAGUAAAUCCAGUCAUGGGAGUGAGGAUGCCGACAGUUGAUGACGGUCACGGCUGGUGUGCUGAAGCCCUAAACAGAGCUUAUGGUUCUACUCUAGACUUGGUAACAGUGCAGAGGAAGAUAUAG